UAUGAAUAGUUUGGAAUGUAACAACAACAACAAUAACAACAACAACAGCAAUAGUACUACACAGAAUAUUUUGGGUGAAAAAAUUCAACAACAAUCAUCAUUCCAUAAUAAUGGGCCGAAUUUUUUCCCAACACCAUCACCAUCACAUUCGAAUGGUUCACCGAAUUCAUCAAUUGUUCCAACGUCAUCAUCGUCAUCAUCUUCAUCGAGUUGUAGCACAACAUUGGUAAACAGUCAUUGUACUUCAAUGACACAAUCAUCAUCACCACAAUCAUUACAUUAUUAUCUAGAAAAAAGCAAUAAUCUAAGUAAAUAUUUAAAUCCAAAUUUUGCAAUGUCAACCGAAUCUGUUAGCAGGCAUAAUCCUCACUAUCAUCAUCAUAAUCAUUGUCAUUAUCAUCCAUAUCUAGAUCAUCAUGGAUCAUCGUAUAAUAAUAAUACAUCUUAUAAUUCAACAACAACAAAUUAUCCAUUUUAUUCAAGUGAUACAAUGACAAAUUGUUUUAAUGGUAUGGUUUUAGGAACAAACGAUACAUUAUCAUCAUCAUAUAAUCAUCAUCAUCAUCAUCAUCCGCCAUCAUCUUAUGAUCAAAUAUCUCAUUCAUCCGAUAAUAGCUAUAAUGCACAACCUACAUCGGAUUUUUUAUCAUCAACAAAUUUUGCAAAUAGAUCUUGGUAUGAUGGUCAAUCGUCAUAUCAACCACCAUCAUUGCAGCCGUCAUCAUCAUCAUCAUCAUCAUCAACAGAAUUUCAACAACAGCUAAAUAGUGAUACAUAUGAUAUUUCAUCGAAUGUGAAUGCCGGAUUAUAUCAAACACAAAUGGGUGGCCACCACCAUUAUGGCUCGUCGAUAGUUGAACAAAGUCAGCAUCAUGACCACCAGUCACAACAUCAAUAUACUGGAUCAUCAUCAUCGUAUCUACAUCCAGAAUAUGACAAUAAUAAUUGUUAUUUCUAACAAAAG